UAAUUGCUUUCUUGAUAUAUGGAGUUGCAUUAAUUCUUAUGUGGUAGUGUAAGUCGAUGAGCGAUGAACAUGUUAUGAAUAAUUAGAAAUUGCAAUUUAGGAUGCAAUUAGAUAACUUUCAGCGACUUAGUAAUCAGUCUCUAAUACCAGGUUAUAAUGCAGACAUUGUUUAGAUCCUUCUGUAUACUCGCUAGCGUGGUGGUUUUUGAAUUUAGGUCUUUCUGAUAGAAUAUUUGAGUAGCUUCUCUCAAUUGCUGAGUAAAUAGUAUAUAGGUGGAGGCAAGUAGAAUUACAUUUCGGGAAAAUGAAUCAUUUCUCUAAUUGGCCUCAACAUUUUACUGUAAAGCUUGAUCAAAGACAGUUCAUAAAAAUCGUUUGACCCCUAUUCCCUCUAAAGCUCCUCUUAGGAGAAUCCCUCCUGUACACUCAAACUUAAAGGAACCUAUGAACUCAUUUUAAGGAAACUGGUCGAGUAGUUACCCAUUAAUUCCUUCGAGUUUCAUUCUUGCGAAUGUACUUCCCAGGCAUUUUGGACAAAAGUCAAAUUUUCGCCUCUCUCAACUUCAUCCCAUUACCUGUGUUUCUUAUAAUAUCAGUUUUGGGAACCAUCUAUUUAGUAUGGGUAAACUAACUAUAGAAGAUAGUUGAAGAGAAUCAAUGAAGUAGUGAAAUUCAGUUGGGGUGAUGCAAAAUGAAAACUACUACAGCAUCCAUCUUACUCAAUCUUUUGAAUUAUUCUUAUGCUGGCUUUUAAGUAAUCUGACUAACUUAAUUGGUACAAUGCUAUCUUUGUGAGAAAUUCCAGCCUUUGAACAUAAGUAUACCUAUGAGACUUGUUAUGUAGGAUAACCUCAAUGAAAGUCAGAAGCCUUUUGCUUUAGAGACAUGCAAGCAUUACCACCUCAAGUUAGUUAUUAAGUCCUGCUUUCUCUUAUUGAUCGCUAAUAAUGCUAUGAUAAACUGUCUACAUUCUUUAAAUAGAGCAAUAUUUUUCAUGUAAAUAAGAAAGGAUUGAUUUAAUAAAUCUUGUAUCGUUCUUCAUUUUAUGUACUUCUUUAAUUUUUAAAUUUGAUGCUGGAAAGUUCAUAUAUGGAGAGUAUAUUGAUAGAGGAUCUUUGCUUUUAUGGGAUUACCUUACGCAAAGUAAUGAGAAUAAUUUUGUUUGGACCCUUUGAAAACUUGCAAUAAUAACCAUUUCUGAACACAUUUAUUGAAAUUUCAAUUGCGCGAGGAAACUCACCAGCAAUGUAGGUAUCCAGAUAGGUUUUAAAUGGUUUGAGCACAUGCAAAAAACCUGGUAGAUGCUGAUUGCAUAUAGUAAUAGGAGUAACAGUAAACCAAAAUGAAGGCUGACCUAAAAUCACAUGGAGCGAUAAUUUAAAAGGACUAAAACCUUUUGUAAUUUAACAUUGGAGGUGGCCUUUAUAACUUUGAAGAUGAUCUGUCAUGUAUCAGAGCGUAAAAGAAGGAUCUAUGUAGCCAGCCCCAUAUAAAUUCAGAACAAGAAUCGAUUGAGUCUAUCUAUAACUUUAUUUGUGCUGGGCUUUUUGAGGUGCAUCAUGACAUAAUUUUCAGUGCUAUAUCUGAAUUAUAAUUUGUUUGCCCAGCAUGAAGUCGUGAAUAACAUUAGCAUUAGGAGGAGGUGGAAAUUACAACUAAUCCCAGUACUCAUUCAUAAUGUCCGCUCUGCGAGCCUGUGCCCAUCUUUUUCCUUAUGGAUUUCUUUAUCGUCCUCAGCCAUUCAAACCCAAACCUCCCUUAACAGGUACUUAUGUUAAAUGCUGGUGCCAAUUGAGUGGCUCGCUGUCGUUACACAGGAUCAUCCUCGCUCACCACCAAUCUACCCCAGAUUAUCUCAAUAAUUGCAGCACCUAUCAGCCGCAUAAUCAUCCUCAUAACUAUAGUAUUCAUUUCCAGGAAAUGUACUGAAGUAUCUUCAUAGUGGCAGCGUCCAAUCCCAUAAAAUUCGCUGCAAAAUCAUCUCAAUUACUGGAUAUAUAAUCAGCUGAUCUCGAUUAUUUAGUGCAGUUGUAGGUUCAAUUCAUUUCAGUCUAAUUAUGCAACCUUUACAAAAUCCUGUAUGUGUGUGUAUAUUCGAUAGUGAUAAUAGAUGUGGUAAGUAGCCAUACAACAUUUAUCAUUUGCUGCCGAAAGCUUUUAGAAAGUCCCAAUUAUCAUGGGCUCUGGCUUAACUAAAACUUCCAUUUCUGGAUUGAUCUUUGUUAGUUGUUUCUAAAUAGGGGCAUGCUUACCUUUCUCUGUUGUAACUUCAAUAAAACAAUGGUCCCUUGUGCUGAAUUAUUUCUCAGACAUUUCUAUAGUAAAGCUGGCUGAGGUUGCAGUUUACGUUGGGAUGUUAUUUCCUUUUCCCUACCUUGUCAAUUGCUGCAAUUUAUUUGGUGCAAUUGCUGUUUCUCCUUUACCCCUUUACUCCCUUUUUCUGAGAUGUGUGAUGCUGGUAAUAAUGUUUUCUCAUUUAUGGGCAUGAAUAGAUGAUAUGUUUACCGAGGAACAAAAUGAGUUGGUUGAAUCAGCAGCAGAGAUGCUCUAUGGUCUUAUUCAUGUCCGAUACAUUUUGACAAGCAAGGGAAUGGCUGCAAUGUUGGAGAAGUACAAAAACUAUGACUUUGGAAGAUGCCCAAGAGUUUACUGCUGUGGACAGCCUUGCCUUCCGGUUGGUCAAUCUGACAUCCCACGUUCAAGUACUGUGAAGAUAUACUGUCCCAAGUGUGAAGAUAUUUACUACCCUCGAUCCAAGUACCAAGGCAAUAUCGAUGGAGCUUAUUUCGGUACCACAUUCCCUCAUCUCUUCUUGAUGACAUAUGGACACCUCAAGCCCCAAAAGCCAUCACAAAGUUACACCCAAAGAGUUUUUGGCUUCAAGCUUCACAAGCCUUGACCGGAGGAGUUUCCGAUCAGUUGAAUUGGAGUCACAUUUUCUGCCCAGAAGUGGUUUUCAUCUGGCUUCGAUGAUGUACAAGUUCUUAAGGUGGGUUUACAAGCCAGGUACACAAAGAGAGAUGAAUACGAGGAAACUGAAUGAUUGAGGUGCACUGUUGCAAAUUAGCCGUUUAAGGUCUUUCCAUAAAUUAGACACAGUACAUGUAAUUUUUAUAUCCUUUUCAGGUUUGUAACUGUUUGAAAUACUUAAUUGUUGCCCGUUGUGUAUCCAUACGUUGGAGCUAUAUUUUCCUAUGGAGCAGCCAUGUAGUACUGUUUCCAAUGUAAUCCUACAUGAAGCUGUUAAUGUUUACAAAGCUGACAAAAAAUGGGAAAAUGAGCCUUCACACUGUGUAAUUGCGUUGGAAAAUUGUACUUACCAUCAGGCUAAAUCUUUCUGAUU